GUGGAAAUUGCUAUUUCCACUGCAGGAAUUUUUUAUUGUGUAUCACUAGCUAAUUGAGAAUUUUGAACAGAUCACACUUAAAAAUGGUGAAAGCAGUUGUCGUUCUUAACAGCAGUGAGGGUGUCAACGGCACCAUCUACUUUACCCAAGAAGGAGAUGCGCCAACCAAUGUAACUGGAACUAUUACUGGUCUUAAAGCUGGAAAGCAUGGUUUCCAUGUACACGCCCUUGGUGACACAACCAACGGUUGUAUGUCAACUGGACCACAUUUUAAUCCUGCUGGUAAAGUCCAUGGUGCUCCUGAAGAUGAAGAGCGUCAUGCUGGUGAUCUUGGAAACCUCACUGUGGGUGAAGAUGGUGUGUUUCCCUUGCCUUCUUCGAUUUUCAUGUGUCACAUUCUGUUAAUGUCAUACUAUAGAUACCUUUGUACUUGAAAAUCAUCUGUCUAUUUGAUAUGGUUAAUCUUGAUGUGUGAAUCCGUGUCAAAAAAAAAAAAA